CUCAGAGUAAUAAUUAUUUUUAACGUUUGAUAUGACAACUAAAAUAGAAAAACAAACGAUCAGAAAGAAUGAAAACGAGGAAAAGAACGAUAUAAAGAUUACAAACAGGCCAUCUGGAACUGAAGACUCUAAAUCGAGCGUUGUCCUAUUCAAAUUCGAAGAGCGAGAAAGCACGGCCAUUGAAAUACAAACAUGCGCUGAUGAACAAAAGAUAACGGUUCGUCAGAGAAACUCAACGGUUGAGGUCAACAACAAUAAAACCUUUAUAGGUCAAGUAGCUAAUAGCCCCUAUAAUUCUCUGGUCCGAGAUAGCGGUAUAUCUACCAUACGGCCUUCUGAGACCAACGAUCACGAAGACGAUAUUGACGACAUUGACAUGGAUUAUGAGUAUCAUAUUGAAAAACCUCGAGUUGAACUGCCUGCCAUGGAGAUUGUUAUACAGAACCUUAGUAUUGCAAAAGAACGAUCAAUUCAGAACGUAGAUAGCCCGAAACUGUCAGUUUUUGCACAUAACAGUAUUAUGGACAAAAAAAACACGGAAACGGUUCUUAAGAAAGCUUCGACAACGGAUAUUGAUUAUAGUCUCUGCGCUCAAAUACAAAUGGAUUUAUAUAACAGCAGCUUCGAACAAUGUUUAGAUUUUGACGAGAAGAAAAUUACUGAAAAUAAAUUGACUGCACGCGAGCAAGAAGAAGCAGAUGAAUCUAUACGCAGAGCUGUACGAUAUAUGUUGGAUAAUAAAUUCUUGAAGGCGAAAUCAGUACUACAAUCCAAUGCUUGCAGGUAAAUAAAGCUAAAGAUUGUGGUAUAAGGUCAGUUGAGAAUAAUUACGAGCUUAAUGUAUAGAGAUCCAUUGUAUGCAAUGGGCAUAGCAUUCAUGCUAUUUAUGAGAACGACAAUGGUAAGAAAAAGCGAAAUUUGGC